AUGGUUCGCCCGCGGCGAAGCUCAGCCUUGGGCGUGGACAUUCGAGGUGACACCAGCGCACCGGCAAUGUCCACAAUGAAUGAAGUGAGUCCCAUCGAACCAACAUCACCAGAUCUGAAGCAAUUCGAUACACAGAAACAGGCCAAGGCCCAGCCCAAACGGCGUCGCAGCCGCUCCCUCCUCCACCGUUUCGCGGAUACCUGUCUGCGAUACACCUGGCUCCUGCCGCUUCUCAUAACGCUGUUCCUGGUCGCGCUGUACGCUGUUAACCCCACAACCUCGAACCCAAUGCACAGUGCCAUCUUCCUGUCCUACCCGCAGCCCCCGAAGACUCCCGGCGGACCCAUCAUGUACGGCAAGGGCAAAAAGGACAUUGCAUUUGUGGCAUUCUACACUAUCGUGCUGUCGUUCACGCGCGAAUUCAUCAUGCAGCAGAUGAUUCGGCCAUUUGCUGUUUGGUGCGGUAUCCGCGGGAAGGGAAAGACAGCGCGGUUCAUGGAGCAGGCAUAUACGGCGGUUUACUUCGGUGUAUUCGGGCCUUUUGGUCUGUACGUGAUGAAGCGGUCGAGUAUCUGGUACUUCAACACAACUGCGAUGUUCGAGGGCUUCCCACACCGCGAGCACGAGGGUCUGUUCAAGGCGUAUUACCUGCUCGAGGCGAGUUACUGGGCUCAGCAGGCGAUUGUGUUGAUGCUGCAGUUGGAGAAGCCUCGUAAGGACUUCAAGGAGCUUGUUGGUCACCAUAUUAUCACACUUGCGCUUAUUGCGCUGAGCUACCGCUUCCACUUCACAUACAUGGGCUUGGCGGUGUAUAUCACUCACGAUAUCUCUGACUUCUUCUUGGCUACCUCGAAGACGCUCAAUUACCUGGAUGCGUAUAUCACUGCACCAUACUUUGCCAUGUUUGUUGGGUGGUGGAUUUACCUGCGUCACGUGCUGAACCUGAAGAUCCUCUGGGCUGUUCUGACCGAGUUCCGCACUGUUGGACCCUUCGAGCUGAACUGGGAGACUCAGCAGUACAAGUGCUGGAUCAGUCAGUACAUCACCUUUGCGCUUCUUGCCAGUUUGCAGGCUGUCAACCUGUUUUGGCUGUUCCUGAUCCUGCGCAUCCUGUCCAACUACAUCUUCACCAAUGUCGCAAAGGACGAGCGCAGCGAGGACGAAGAGGAAGAGGAAGAGCUAGAGUCCGUCACCGCGACAAAGGCAAUUGCCACUGGUGCAGACCAGACCGGCAAGGAGAACCACGCCCCCCAGGUUCUUCUCAACGGCGAGCCCGUCGCCGAGCAGCGUGGUCCCCGGACUCGCAGCAGAAAGGCGUAA